GUGUGUGGUCAUAGCAGAUCUGUCUCCAGGACAAAGGUUGGAAUCCUGGAGCUCCUCUAAACUUCAGACAUCUGUGUGUCUGGGCGGCUGCUGGCGGAGGGAAUGAGACCGGAGGGAGAGUCACAGAGGUGGGUCGCAUUUCCAGCUAACGGCAAUAAACUACACUAGGCUGGACAGGAAGAGUCUGAGCUGAAUGAUCUCAGUUAAAGUUGUCCAAGCUGAAGGGUCUAUCUGCUCAGAGGUUCUGUUAGCUUGAGCUGGGAUCAUGCCAAUCUUGGCCAUGGCAGAGCCUGCGGUGGACCAUCAGAGGCGUUUCCAGGCAGCAGUGGAUAUGAUUCACAAUCUCCCCAAAAACGGUUCCUACAGACCUUCUUAUGAGGUGAUGCUACGUUUUUACAGUCUAUACAAGCAGGCAGUGUGUGGACCAUGUGUGGUGCCUCGGCCUGGCUUCUGGGACCCAGUGGGCCGCUACAAGUGGUUGUUUGGAAUCAUCUUUGCAAUAAAUGGUCCUCAAAGGGAUGCGUGGAGCCGACUUGGGGAGAUGAGUCGGGAGAGUGCCAUGGCAGCAUAUGUGGAAGAGAUGAAGAAAGUAGCACAAGAGGUCAUCCACACCAUGCCCAUGGAUGAAACAACAGUACCAUUCUUCCACCACUUUGAGCCUCUCUACAGGGUUAUUGAUGACAUGCCCCUGCCCCCAGCAUCACUGUUCAACCUCAUUAAAGGUCCUAAAGGCAGCCAGCAGGUGGACAGCUCAACAUACAUGAAGAUUGAAGGUGAGGAGCAGGAGACAUCUCAGGAGAGUUUAGAGAGCUCUGAUCCAGCCAUGGAGCUGAACAUGCCUGAUGAUGAACACCUGCCUCCUACCAACAAUGUUCCUAAAGACUCUGGGAUGUCUGAGGGUUUGUCCUUGACCAGUGACUCGGAGAGUGAAAUCUUCUGUGACUCUGUGGACUCAGUGGAGCAGCUGAGCAACAUCAAGUCAUCUCCUGGUCAGGGGACUCACCUGGAAGCUCGCCUGGAGGGAAGACAGCUCGGAGCUGGUCAAGGUGGGGAGGGAGCAGAGGAUGGGAAGUGUCAGGAUCCCCCUAGGAGAGGCCGGGAAGGUGGGCGGGAAGGUUCCUACCACAGCUGGAGAGAACGUGGCAUUCCACAGGGAAGCCCGAGGCGGGUAGCCCCAGGUGGUGCAGGCGGCGGAGGAGCAGGUCGAGGAGGUGGUGAUGGCUCAGAAGGUGGAGCAGAGAGGAUGCACGAGACACACCUGCAGCAACAGAUAAUCCUGGCUCUACGGAGGCUAAGAGAGGACAUGAGGAGUGUCAUGGACAGACUGGAGGCGGUGGAGAGGCUUGCUGCCACUCAUGGCUCAGACUGGAGACCAUGUCUGCAGUGUACAGCUGCAGCUUCACAGCAGGAGGAGACAUGGUGGCCGUUUGAUGUGUCGUGUCAGACAGUCGUUCUUUUCAUGCUGUGGCCGUUUGUCACACAAGGUCUGGUCUACCUCCUGAGGAAGGCCCACCAGAGAAGCCGCACAUCUUCAUGAGGAUCGCUGGUAGCGCCACCUGAUGGACACAGGAAGGAGUUGUUGUUAAUCCCCACAUUCAGUGGUGGAGUGUCUGAUUUUAAGUUCCCGUCAAUAACGCUAAAGAGGAAAUUUGAUCUAAUCUACAGACUCUGUUUUAGGCCUGGUGUAGCUUAUUAAAGUGGAAUAAAAGAGGUGUAACUUAUAAUUAAAGUGGAUUAAGUUUUUAAAGGGAGUUUAAAUAAAUGACUUUCCCAUUAUUA